UGGAAAGCUAUGAAACCAAUGUUAAAUCUAGGGCCUUUGCGAAGAGAAAAUUGUUUGGUGGUGUUUCUGCUGUGACGCGUACAUGCCGCAAAACGGUAAAAUUAGCAUCAUUCCGGUUGCGCUACGCUUUAGAGAGCUAAGCGCUAGCUGCUGCCACUGUUGCCGUUCGGUUUCUUGGUAAGCACAGCAACAGUACCGGACAACAAAUCGGCCAGCCGGGUUAUUUGUAGAUCGCGACGGUGGCAACCGAGUGCCGUUGAGAAUGGUCGUUUCGAAGGAAGGUAAACGCCGGCGUAAAGUGUCCGCCAUUGCACAAGCCGGUGGCGGCAGCACCAAUCCAUCAUCCGGCAGCGGGUCUAACGGCCCCAUCACCAGCGUAGCAGCAGAGCGUGAUCUUUCUCCACCGGAAAUUCCAAAACGCCCAAAAGUGCACGCACAGAGGAAGUUCGCUCAAGGACAGGGAACGGCUUCUUCGUCCUAUCUUAGCUAUUCUUCUGCACCUCCCACACCGGGCAAAGAUGGACAGAAUCGUGCAUCACACUCUGGAACGGGAAAUGGUACAACACCUACCGUACCUGGCAGUGGGACUGGCGCUGAAGCCAACCCACAAGUACCGGAACUGUUACCCAACAUGCGACCAAACACGGAAGAUUUCCUUACAUUCCUGUGCUUUCGUGGAACACCGGUAUUGCCACCUGCGUUAGAUUUUUUUAAUAAAUCCAACUCCGGAGCGUCUACUAAUGCGGGAAACAGCAGCACCGGGGGAAGACUAUCUUCCACACCUGGCGGUUCGGGUAGUUCCAGGCUAAAAUCACCACCAUCAAAGACAACCUCAUCGACGAACGUAACACCCGGUCCAGCGAUACCCUGUUCCACUUCCUCUAAGAUAAUCGAACCAAAACAAACGCCAGAAAGGCAAGACAGUACCACUUCGAGUAAAGCCGUGCAAAACGAACCGGUCACCAAGGAAAAACUGCUAACUUCAACGUCAGGGACAGCCACUCCCGCUACAACGUACAUCCCAUUCGCUGUACGCAAACGUGCGGAACAACAUCCGGUUCCCGUAGAGACACGAUCCGAUCGAAAGCGUACGCAGGAUAAGAUGGAGGCACUACGCAAAAAGUAUCACGAUCAGCGAGUUGCUAAACUGCGAGCAACGACACAUGGCCAGCGGCAGAGUGGACGUGGCAAUGUUUCAAUAAAUACACGGUCUUCAAGCGUUCCGUCGAAACCGGUUCGAAAAGAGCAAGAUGACGAAGAGGAGGCGAAUGGCUCGGAAAAUGAGACGAUGAAUGAAGUUAAAGCAGAAGACGAAGCGAAGGAUGGGCCAAACGAAGAAAAUAGGCAGGACAAAAAAGCCUCCGUGGAGGAACCAAACGUUGGCAAACGAAAAAGUGGUCUACGUAGUGGUGGAACAUCUCACGCCUCAAGUCCGGCUGUUGAAAGUGCCAAAGGAUCGCCCAUAAAAAUUGCUCGGAAUGCAAAGCGUGAUUCAUCAAAAGUUGCUAGUGCUCAUGACGACGCAAGCAAAGAAUCGCCGGAGAAACCAGUUGAAAGUAAAAUGCCCAACAAAGUGGGUAAAAGCACACCUUCGCCGAGUUCGCUUGUCGAAUAUGCUACUAAACCGAGUGGAACUCGCAGUACAAGCACCGCGAGUUCGAAGAAAUCGGUAAAAGAACCCCCCAAGAAUUCACCCACUCAGCAACAACAACCCGCGUCCGAUGUCCGUGUUUCCGAUGCGGAAGGAAAAGAAAAGCGGACGACAAGGUUAUCCGCCCUGCGGAAUCCGCCUCCAGCAGCAGCCAAACCAGAAACGAUAAAACCAGCGAAAGAUAAACGGAAGCAGCAGGAACGAGUUGAUUUUUCAUCCGACGAUGAUGAACCUUUAUCGCGGGCCACGGGCACGGAGAAACGUUCGUCAGAUACGGUAGCCACUAACGACCUCGGUAAAACGACCCGUUCCGGUAGAAGUCGCAAAUCGGAACCAGCCACACUCGACAAGGACCCGGACGAAAUUCCGGAUAAAAAGACACGCCGCUCCGAGUCCGUCGUAAGCCGCCGUUCGGACAUAAGCUCGCGAAAGUCCGAGUUGCGCGAAACAGGUACGGCGAAGAAGGUGGAAGAACUUCCCAAACAGCAGCAACAACGCGGACGAAAACGGAAAGAACCGCCUCAGCCACAGCAGCAGGUCGCUAAAUCGUCUAAAGACGAGGAAUCCAACAGCGAGCUGAAGAAUGAUGAACCGCUCUCAUCGGAAAAUGUGGAACCGGCCGAACAUAAGCAACCGGCAGCGGGUGGACGAAAGAAACGGGAAACACCCGCAAUCGAUACAACCCGAGACGGCACACUAACGCCGGAAGUGGAGGAAAAGAAACCGAAAACGGCAUCAUCGACACCGGUGGAAUCGCUAAGUACAUCGAGGCCAUCGCGCAAAACAAAGGAAGCGGCCACCUUGUACAUGGAGCUGAUCGGUAGAAAAUUUAAUCACGACGACAAGUCGGAUGAUGAUGCAUCGUCACUGGACAGUCUUGAGCUGCCGAAUGUGCGCAAGCUGGAGCGAAUGGAGAACGAGCUAAAAGCGAAUGUCAGUAAGUCACGGGACGCAAAGCAGCAAUCAUCCGGGACUGCUCCCAAGGGUGCCGGUAAAGCGAAAAAGAAGGGCCAAUCAACGAACGAAGCUAAAUUAGUGCCCGAUUCGGUGGAUGAUGCAGGCAAGCAGCAACCGGACGAGGAAGCAGACACUAAAAUCAAGGAGAAAAGCUUCAGUGAUUCCGACGAGGAACCGUUGGCUAGUAAAUUUCAGCGCAAACAGCAACAAACGCGCAGACAGCCAACGAAAACAAAGGCAAGCGCAGCCAAGUUGCCCGCUGGACGUAGGAAUGCAAAGAAAGCGCCCGUCUCGAAUGAGGCCAAAACCGAAGACGCACAAUCAUCUCCCGAGAAAAACGAAAGCCUCGAAAAGCUAUCAAGGAGUGACGAAGCGGUUCGGCAGCAAACGGUACCAAAAAAGGGAACAGGAACAACGGCAUCGGUAACAACCGCCAAUAACAUUAAUUUGUCACCAACCACCGGUACAGCUAAACAAAACGGUACAUUGGGUGUUGGUAUGGUUGUUGGGAGCGUAACGAGAACUCCCACAAAAAUGACCACGAACAGUGCGCUGAACAGUCCGGUGGAAUCUCCGGUCCUUUCAUCCGAUCAUCUAAAAAGUCCCACCACAUCGGAGGGUCAGAACGUAUCGAGAUUAAACAAAUCGCUGGACAAUACACAGCUGUCCACCACAGUCGAACCGGCCGAAAGCCCGAUAAAGAUACCGCAAAUGUUGAACAUACCGACAGUCAUACCGACGCAAUCGUCAUCCUUUCUGCAGCUAGCAACGCCAACGAACCUGCACCAGCAGGCUCCGUUUACCCGUGCCAUAAAACCGUCGCUUGGAACCACUUCCGGCGCAGCAGCGAACAGUAUUGCAACCGAUGGUUACCUGUCUUUGAAUAAAUCACCCACGGGGACAGCGCUGAACGCGUCUCAGCCGGAAACCGCUCUGCCUUUCAAUCGAUCCGCUGCGCUGACGAUAGCAACGGGGACAGUUACUGCAAGCGCGCCUAAAGCUGGUGACUUUACGCUACCACUCGAUGAGUCUAAUUUCCUUAAAGGUUUCGACAAAUCCACCGAUCCGAAUGCGAUGGAUAAACCGACCGGGACCCAUUCAUCGCUGCUGGGUAACUUGCUUCCAAGCAAGGAGGAAUCGGAAAAGAUUUUCGGCAUAGCGAGCGUUAGCUUGGCGCAAAGUUCCGGACCCUUGGAUACGAAGUGUACGCUUGGGAAGUGUGGUUCCGUGCACAAACCACCGCUUGGGCCACCCGUCCUGACGGAGUCACUGCUCGGUGGCACCCUUUCACCGCGAGAUCGCCGCAAGGCGAAGGUCAACAUGACACAUGAGCAGAUCCAGAAAUGGAUCUGCGAAUCAUCGUGGUCACCGAUCGAGGAUGAUCUGAAGGAUGACGAUUUGGAGGUGGUUGAACCGGGCACCCGUACACCACCGCCCCCGUCAACGGGUUUUACCGCUGCUCAGCCUACACCCACGACGCAACCUUCAACAGCGGUCGCCUGUUCCGGGUGGGCUGGAAUGAUGGCUUCCACGUCCACACCACUCAGCACGCCCACCGUUGGCAAUGGACGAGGUAAAGAGGAAAGUGCCGAUCGUACACCGGUGAGCGGUCCAGCCGUGUCCACAGCGGUGUCCACCGGAGUGGAGAAAAAAGAUAUCGCUUUGCAACCGGCACAAAAAGAACCCACCACUUCGGUGGCGCAAGAAUCAAAACCUAAGGGCGGUGGCAAGGGAAGCGACACACCGACAAAGGGCGCUGGCGAGGGACAACCGACGAAGGAAGUGUCCAGCGUUCCAACGCCAACCAGCAAUAAGCAGCGCGAAGCGAAGGAACAACGAAAAUCGAAAGCAGAAACACCCACAGCACCGGCUACAUCGACACCACGUGCUACGGCCACAACACCCACUACAUCGGGAGAUCGGAAGCCAAUCUAUCGGAAUGUCACAGGUCGAACGCCCGUUUACAAACAAGAGGCACUGUCUGUCAAGCAACCACCUGUAGCAACGCCGCCAACACCAAGCGGGCAGCACGUGUCUUCGAUGUCAGGCUCCACGAAACAGGCCGCUGCCGGUGCGCAAGGAUCGUCCUCCACGCAGAGCAACAAAUUCGGCGCCUUUUCCCCAGUAAACGAACCGAGCGUUUAUUCGUUUGAUAAGGAGGAAGAUUUUAUGCCCGUGGCGACACCGUUCCGCCGACAGCAUGGUGGUGCAGCCAGCAGUGGUCGACGGGAAUCGUGUAAUUCAUCCGCCCGGGAUGAGCCCACGGUCGGGGGUGGCAACAACAAGCGCGAUACAACGCCAGUGGCCGACGAAAAGAUCGCCUUCCAGAAGCCACCGGUGGUGACGAAAGCGAACAAUGUUGGCGGAACGGUGGCCAAUUCUGACGAGAAGAUAAAACCGAACGAAAUCACCGGCGGGGAGGGCAAUGUGGAGAAAAAGGAAGAGGAUAAGGCACACGCACAGGUAAAGCAGGAGGUGAGUGAUACGGAGGCGGACGGUGGUGGCGGUCAAACGUUUUACAUUCCACUGCAAGGUCCGACGGCGGGUGGCGGUGGCUCCGGUGGGGGUGCUAGUUCCACAGGCAAAUCGGCCGACCAGCUCAUACAGGGUGUUGCGGUUAAGCUGGGCACGGAAGGUCCGGACGGUCCGAACCAGCGCGUCAUAAUGCACGCGAAGCUGGUCACGAAGGCCGAGAUGGGUUCGAAUCCAACCACGCUGCCGGACUCGAUGAACGUGCAGGAGCUGGUAAAGAGUCUGACGGCACAGGGAGGUGCUGCCGCGGCACUAAGCAAGGAGGGACUAGCCAAACUACUUCCGAUCGGACUGCUGCAAUCUCGCUUCAAGUCUACCACCCAGCCGGAACCAGCGCCCUCGACGGAUGCGCGCACACCGACGCUGGACGAUCGUGCCAGUGCCGAACCGAUGUCACGCGGUCUUUCGCGUAUCGCGUCCAACUCGUCUCUUUCAUCCCAGCGCUCGAAACCGACCGGGAAAGCAACCGCAAAAGGCGGAACGGCCGGUCGUGGAGGUGGUGCUGCUAGUAGUGAGGCGGUGUCAACACCUCAACCGGACAACAAUACGGUGUUCCCGCGUCGUGACGAUCCGGCCCAGAUGGUCGAGGCACCGGUAUUCAAACCAACCGAAAAGGAGUUUCACGAUCCGUUGGAGUACAUCGAGCGGAUUGCACCGAUCGCGUCACGGUUCGGCAUCUGUCGCAUCAUACCACCGGCCAGCUUCAAGCCGGAAUGUCGCAUUGCGGACGAUAUGCGAUUCAUGGCGUACAACCAGUACGUGCACAAGAUGCUGCACCGUUGGGGACCGAGCGCGAAAGAGUACGCUGCGAUCAAGAAAUAUUUGGCCACGCAAAGCAUUAACCUACAGUCACCACCGGUGAUCGGUGGCAUGGAGGUGGAUCUGCCACGGCUUUAUCAUACCGUACAGGAACUCGGCGGUCUCAAGGAGGUAAUUGAGAAGAAAAAGUGGGCCCGUGUAUCGGAGGACAUGUGCAUUCCGAAGGCGGCGCACGAUCGCGUCUCGAAGCUGGACGACAUCUACUGCAAGUAUCUGUUGCCGUACGAUACGCUCUCGCCGGCCGAACGACAGAAGCUGUUCGACGAGGUCGAGGCUGACUGGGCGAAACGGGAGGCAAAGGCACGCCGGAACGCGGACAAGGGCGUUGGAUCGGAGAUCCGCAACAGUGGCGAUUCCGACGAGGAUGAUUCAAACGACGAGGACGAUGAGGAGGACGAAGACGAGUGCUCGAUGGAGUGCAUCGUGAAGGGACGCAGCAUGCCUCUGAACCAGUUCUUCCGGAUCGCACGCAACACCAUGUCACUGUGGUUCCGGAACAGUGAACCGAACGUGGCAGAAAUCGAGGCUGAAUAUUGGCGGCAUGUGGCCGUCCGCGAUAGCCACGUGUGCGUACAUUCCGGUUCGAUCGAUUCGAGCGCGUUCGGGUACGGCUUUCCGAGCCCGAAGGUGAAGGGUUCGUCUUGUGCGAAACACCCUUGGAAUCUGAAGGUACUGACGAACAACAGUGGAUCGAUUUUACGCUCGCUGGGACCGGUUAUGGGCAUCACGAUUCCCACAUUGCACGUGGGCAUGCUUUUCAGUGCCUGCUGCUGGUAUCGUGACCCGCACGGGUUGCCCUGGAUCGAAUACUUGCACACGGGUGCGAACAAGAUCUGGUACGGCGUGCCGGACGAUCAGAACGCAAACUUCCGUGCGGCGCUGACGGUGCUUGUGCCAACGCACUGCCAGAACAAAACGAUCUGGUUGCCCUGCGACACAGCGAUGGUACCACCGCACAUGCUGACCGAUCGGAGCGUUUCCCUGUGCCGCACCGAACAGCAACCGGGACAGUUUGUGGUGGUGUUCCCGCGCGCAUACACGUCGAGCUUGUGCACUGGAUACGCGGUGUCGGAGAGUGUCUACUUCGCUACCAACAGCUGGCUCGAUACGGCCAAGGAAGAUUUUAGGGAUAUUCAAGAAAGCUGCGAACCGACGAUGUUCUCCGUGGAGCAGCUGCUGUUUGCAAUUGCGAACGAUCAGCGCAGCAACCAUGAUACGCUCGUACAAGCGUAUCCGAUGAUCGUCGAUAUUUACGAGAAGGAGAAACAGCAUCGACAAACACUGAAGGAACAAGGCGUAACAAAAACGGAACGAAUCGAGUCGAAAAAGAAGAGCGCCUCACUGGACGAGUUCGAAUGUGAACGAUGCCGGGCGAAUCUGUACCUUUCGCUGGUAAAGGUAAAAGUGAGUAACAUCGACGAUGACGAUGAUGACAAUACGACGGUAGAUGAGGAGGAACGCAUCUACUGUCUGAAGCAUGCCGUGAAGCAUUUAGCUGACGGAGGCCUCCAGACGAAAAACUGUCGACUGGCGUACACCUACUCGCUGGAGGACAUCGAAGAGCUGUUGAAAAAGCUACAGGAUCGUAUCGCCAAUAAAAAAUCGUCGAAAUCGAGCGCUGGCAGUAGCGGUGGCGGAGCGGGAGGCGGAGCUGGCGGUGGCGGUGGCCGUGGUAAGUCUUCGCUGCACCUAGCGUCCACAUCGUCCCAGUCUUCUUCAUCCUAUCAAGCGCCCAGCCAUAGCAAGUAUGCCGGAAUGGCCACGAUGUUGAAGUAGGAUUAAGCCAUCCAAACCUUUCCCCUGCAUGAAAACGAUCUAUUCCGGUGCGAGCAACUACUUAUGUUCUGCACUAUGGUAAGAAAGCUGGCGUGUGUCAUGGCGUGCCCUUCAGCGGGCAAUUAAUUCACGGUAGUAUGAGGACAUUUUCGCUAGGGAUAACCAAGAUGGAUGCGAACUAAGCUCCAAAUGGUAAAGGUUUCUAUUUAAAGUUAGUUUGUAUCUCUUGUGUACAUUUUUUCUUCCCUGUAACGCAUCGAUGUGAGCAUAUCAAUCUCAUACUGGACACACGAAAACAUCACGACACAGGAACAUAAACCAGAACCAGAGUAUUAGUUACAGAGCAUACACAUAUAACAUCCUUUUUUCCCCUUUUGCACAGUAUUUAAAUCGGAGGCUGUCGCCCUUUGUGUAAUUUCACUUUGUACGGGACAGUAUUAACUUGCAUCCAUACGAUCUAUCGGUAAGCUUACUAUCUCUGGAUGUACGCGUAGGAAUCAUAGAAAUAAUCCGCGAGGCAAUAGAAAUGAAUUCUGUAAUCACAUUGGGCUAGCUUGCAAUGAACUGAGGAUAUGAUUCUUCUUCUAUGGACUGCUCACAGUUGAGUAUGUCGCGCUGACAUGGUUAGCAGCAGGUUACCACUCAUUCUCCAGGGAAUGUUAGUAAUGGCAUGAUGGAGAACUGCCAGAAACGAAUGCAGGAUGAAUGCUUACUCUUUCACCGACACCGAUGAUGCACAGCGUUGACUGCUGCAAGUGUCGCUCAAAAGCGGAAAGCGAUUAGGGGAGGCCAAACCACCAUCGCUCGUUAAUAGCAGUAACAUGCAAGGUGUGGAAAUGAAGCUAAGUUAAGCCUUAAUUUAACGGAGGAAUGAGUUUCAUUGCCGGUUUUUGGUAGAAUAGUAAAGAUGGUGAAGAUAUAGCAAAUGGCUUAUAACAAACUCUACCCUUAACAAUGUUAACUAUGCGCUUCAAUAAGAUUGGAGGCAUAACGGAUUGGAGUCAUGAGUGUUUUAGGCGAAGGGCAAAUAGUAGGUAGGAAAUAAUGGCACCCGACGACACUCGAAACAUUGCAAUUAGGCAAUGGAAACGCUUCUUCGAUCGUAGCGCAUUAAAUUAUUAAUGGCUGUUUAGGGAGGAAGCAAGGGAACGACAUGGAAUGUGGCCCUACUAGAGGAACUCCUGUACCCAAUACCCGGAAGAACUAUCCCCGACACACACACAGAAUUGUACAUGUAUCAUCAUGCAACAUACUAGAGCCUCAAAACAACACAGCACAUUCCCAACAGAGCCUACAGCUGUCAGUGCCCGGAGACUCGCGGAAAGUCUUGGCAUAUACAGGGAGAAACACUGCACGGCGCACUGCACAUUGCGACACAGAGACGCUACUUAGGCUAACCUUCUAACGAAAUCCUAACGAGUAGACAGCUCCGGCUUCUAAAUGAAUGUUACUCGAUCGUCUCCCCGAUAGUUGCCAGUAGCGCUACGAGAUGUUAUAAAAUAGGAUAUUGCCAGCAACGAUACAUGCGAUCACUAACUACGUCUGGGCCUUAGUAUACGCAUUGGUUGAUCGAGUGUGUACCACUGUAACAAUAGAUAUUAUAUGCAUUAGCGCAAACCAAUGCCAACCAAUUCAUAUCGCUUCUCGACAGUAGGCGGCCUCAUACAGGUGAAAGACGAGAAGCGUCAUUAGGCAUUUAGGCAGAAGUAGAGCCAGUGUUUCACGUGUUUCACGCACUGGAUUGCACUGGAUGUUUCAUUUCCCUCAGCAUAUAUUUUUCUUUACGAAUGUAAAUUGUGUGUAGUGUGCAUAUAUUUGUCUCCGCGUGUGUGUGUGUGUGUACAUAUAUAUAGAGAUGUAGUUAUAUGUGUGUGUCCUCGCCUUGAAGGAUACAUUGCUGAAGAAUAUGGCAAUCGUGUGAGACAAUGGCGCAAUAUGAAGACUAGUCGGUUGAAAUUUAGCAAUUAAAAUGAAAACAGCAAACGGGAAUAAAACAGAAGAAACCAUCACAUCCGUGCAGAUGUAAGAAUUAAUUUAUAAAAAUGUAAAGCCACAAAGGAAGGGUCGGAUAUAGAGCCGCAAAUGAGUAAAAGCCGGUUUGCGAUAUGGAAUGAUUACAUGUUACGAGUAACACGAAAUUGCUAAUGCUUUAGAAAAGAUAGUACAUAUAAUACAGUGAAAAUUGGGCGAAUUAGUGAUACAUUUACAACCCGGCACGCAUAUACAUAUACCCAAUACCGCCACGGAACAGUGGAAUAAAGCAGAUCCUUUAAAUAUUACGGAAAAGAUAGCACGACAAAGUGAAUGUUUGAUUUGUGGCAUAGACAGAGUUUAGGAUUUAAAAAAAACAUACACACACACACAUUCAAACACGGAAACAGAGAGAAACAUCAAAAUGAACUAUUUACUGCAAAUUUAAAUCCACUCCGAUGGCCACUUUGGCAGCGGGGAAGCGAAAAGGAAGGUUGCUUUGGAGGCAAAGCCUAUUUAGGUGGGGAAAAGAACCUGCACAACAAAUUUGGUUAAUUGGUUAAGGAAAAAGAGAACCAAACACAUACACACACAUACAGCCACUUAUAAAAAGAGUUCAAUAUAUGUUUAGUAAUAAAU